AUGCGCAAUACCGCGGACUGUGCUCGCGUUUCUCCCGCAGCUGACCAUUUUUCUCAGCGCGGUGAUGGCCUUUUUGUAAGUAGGAAGAAGUUGAGAGGAUGGAUCCUUCUGGGGUUGAUACUGACCAUUGUCUACAGUCGUCUGCCCCCUGAAGUUUACCAGGGCAGGGGCCCUGCUGAAACCGCCCAGAGAGUUUGGGCGUGGAACCAGACCCAUCCCCUCGCAUGCGGCAGCCGGCAUUUCCUUUAUUCAUCCAGCAUGGCCCCGGUAGCCAAUAUUCGUCCGCCACAAUCGUUGGAGCAGGCCGCCUCUGAAAUGUCUGCUACACCCGAGACCUACGAUUCCGGCGGGUUUGACAGCGACGACAUCUUGGUUCACUGA